AUGGUUCUCCUACUUGCUCUUCUACCACUGUUCUCGAGCACGGUUAGUGCUUGGGGAACAUUAGGACAUACGACCGUCGCCAUCAUUGCCCAGCAAUUGGUCGAUAAGAAGACAGCUUCACUCGCCCAGCACCUUCUGAACGACACAUCCUCCAACUACCUUGCUCACAUUGCCACAUGGGCCGACUCAUACCGCAAGGAACCUGAGGGUGAAUUCUCCUCUCCUCUCCACUACAUCGACGCUCUCGACCAACCACCCAAGAGUUGCAACGUCGACUAUGAACGUGACUGCCCAGAGGAAGGCUGCAUUGUAUCCGCCAUCGCAAACUACACCUCGCGGGUCCAAGCCAAGAGCCACAAGAUCAGCCUUGUAGAGCGACAAAAGGCACUGAAAUGGAUCGUCCACUUCAUCGGCGACAUCCACCAGCCACUGCACGUGGAGAAUCUCGAGAUUGGCGGCAACCUGAUCAACGUGACCUUCGACGGCAAGGCCGCCAACCUCCACCACAUCUGGGACACCGAGAUCCCGGAGAAGCUCAUCGGCGGGUACGCCCUCGAAGACUCCACCCGCUGGGCCACCACUCUCGUCGGCGAGAUCAAGAACGGAUCCUACGCCCACUACUCCAAGAAAUGGCUCCGCGGCAUCGACAAGCACGACUCCAUCGAGACCGCCAUGGUCUGGGCCCGCGACUCCAACUCCUACGUCUGCUCCACCGUCGUCCCCGACGGCGCGGAUGCCGUCCGCGACCAUGAACUCGGCGGCGCAUACUACGACAAAGCCAUCCCCGUCGUCCAGCUCCAGGUAGCAAAGGCUGGUUACCGCCUCGCCGCCUGGCUCAACAUCAUUGCGACCGGCAAGACGGGCCUCGGCGACGAGGACUAUGGCCACGGGUACCCGCACGUGAGACCACCAAAGGGCUACAAGACCAGCAAUGCGAAGAGGAGCGUCAAGCUUGAGGAUUGGAUGGUUGGUGCGAGGCAGAUGAGGAGGGAUUUCGGGUGGGGUUGCGAUCACGCGCACUAA